AGAGGGACUCUAAUAACCCUCCUGGCCAUGGGGAAAGGCUGGGAUGGAGACUGCCCAAGUGCGGGGAUGACUCCUCUGGGCUCUCCAGAUGUGUCCAGAGCAUCUCCAGAUGUUCCUAAUGCUUCUCUUUGGAGGGGUCAUGCCCAGCUUGGCUGCUGCAAAUGGCAAGAGAAGGCUUAUUCUGAAUGGCCACGAUCUAUGAGAGGCACCAGUGUUGGAGAUGGAGCCGGUCCCCAAAGCAGAGCCCAGCCUGGUCAAGCGCUGAGAUGCCACAGAUGUGUCGCAUCCAACGAGAACGACUGCAACAAGCAGGGCUCCCACAGCUGCCCCCAGUACGCUGAUGCCUGCUCCACAAUCACUGCACCCAACAGCAUCAUCAAGUCCUGCUCCUACAAAGCCUUCUGUGACCAGGCUCGUGGUGGUGGCUCCAGUGGGGCCACCGUGCGCUGCUGCUUCAGUGAUGACUGCAAUGGGCAGCGGGGCUCCAAGAAUGGGGCCGGGACCCCCUCCAGGCCCCCCCAUGGGCUGCUGGUGGCUGCGCUGGCAGGGAUGCUGCUGCUGAGCUGGGUCUGAGUGGUUGCAAUGGGGUAGCUGCUUGUUGCCAUAGGCUAGGGCCACGGGUCGGGGUUUGCUGUGUGUGAAGGAUGGAGAGGCUCA